UAAAACUGUUCAGAAUAUUUCGAACGAAAUAGACCACAUUCCUUACCUAUUGGACUAUACUAACAGAUCGAUUGCGUAUAAAGUAAAAAUAUAAUAUUCAUGGCAAUUUAUCAAUGGUAUUCCGAAGCAGAAAGAAAGAAGUUGAUCAACUGAAAUCACUGCAAUCUUCCUUAGUAUCCAACAGAUAUUAUUCUGGCAGGUAAUGGCUGCAGCUAAUCGUGCAUCAAAUGAAGGUGAUGGACAACACCAAGACGUUUUACAGCUGCAGUUAGAUACACUCCCUCUUGAAUUGUUAAUUGAAAUAUUCUCAUAUCUUGCAACAAGGCAAGACCUGAUCUCAUGUUGUAAAGUAUCAAAGACAUUUUAUGCUGCAGCAGUCAGUCCAUCAUUAUGGAAGUCAUUAUGUCAAAAAGUAUGGAGAAUUUUUAAAGAUAAAGAUGAAAACUGGAAGAAAUGUUACACUGAGAUGUACAUCAACUGGGGUCGGUAUGAAAAAUGUUAUAGCAACAUUAGAAGAGCCUGGGAUCUAAUCGAGAAAUACACAGAGGAAUAUUGCCCAACUUUAUUACAUGGGCUGAGUGAAGGUGCUUCAGAAGAUGAUUUGAAUCAGGCUGAGAUACAGAAUCUUGGGGCAGGUGUUUGUUUACCAGAUGACUAUCGUUGUUUUCUGCGAAUACACAAUGGUCAGAAACAUAUGAACCGUCCAGGUGUGUUAGGAUCAACAAGUAUUGCUAACCAUUCUAAAAAAGAAGCAAUACUCAAUGUAAAAGCCUCAACACUUAGUCUGGCACAUAUGCAAGGAGGGAUUCGUGGAUGUAUACCCAUCACAUUAUGUACAAUAAACACAUGUGGACAUUACAUGGCUAUUACAGAAGAAGCUGGUCAUAAACAUGGUCGGAUAUUCUGGCCUUCCCUAGAUAAUUCUACUGCCAAUCUCAGUGGUGGUGGUAGAUUGCACUGCUUUCUAAUGGCAGAUAAUUUUACACAAUGGUUCACAUCUUAUGCAGAAAGUUUGGUUAAAGAACAUUAUCCAGUGAUCAGGGGUGAAAUAUAUCCUUUCAAUUCAGCAUCAACCCACACUGGUGAUAAUGGCAUUACAGUGAAAGCAGCAACGUGUUUCUUGCCAGAAUUGAGUUCUGUUCAUCCACCACGUUUCUUCUUCACAUAUAGAAUAACAAUCUCAAUGGAUCUGUCAUACCCAAAGGAAGGCAGUUGUAAACUUCAGACACGUCAUUGGUACAUCACAGAUGGAAAUGGUGAAAAAGAAGAAGUACAUGGUGAAGCUGUGGUUGGUAAAUUUCCGACAAUGGUACCAGGUGCAAGACACGACUACGUCAGUUGUACCAGUUUUACGACACCAACAGGAACUAUGGAGGGCUAUUAUACAUUCAAAUUUCUUAAAAAAGAAGUAACGACAAAUGCAGUAAUUGCUCCAAUGCAUUUCAAAGCUCCGCCAUUUGAACUGGCGUCUGAAAGACAACGAAAGCAUAGCGAAAAACUCAGCCAGGCUGCCUCUGAUUCUGAGUCAGAUUAACUUUUGCUAGAAUACAAUAAAUAAUAUGUCAAAGUCAAAAUUUCUUUGAUAAUCUUCUUUGUUUUUGAGAACAUUUUGUCUGUUUUUAAGAACCGUAAGAAAC